AUGGGAAGAAAUGUUUCUGCACUUAUACAGAGCAAAAAUGUUGAUGCCAUUCCACCAUCCACAUUGCCACAAAAGUGCAAAGCCCCUAACACUUUUACUAUCCCUUGUACCAUUGUAGAUUUCACUUUUACAAAUGCAAUGCUUGACCUUGGAGCAUCAAUUAAUGUCAUGCCCACAUCAAUUCAUAGAUCACUACAUCUUGGCGAUUUAAAACCCAUUGGUGUUGUCAUCCAUCUAGCUAAUCGAAGUGUUGCGAUUCCACUUGGAGUCAUUGAAGACAUGCUGGUGCGAGUUAAGGAUCUGAUUUUUCCAACAAAUUUUUACAAUUUGGAUAUGGAGAAUGAGUCUUCCAGCCAUGGGUCCACAUUGAUCCUAGGGAGACUAUUCUUGAUGAUAACUAAGACCAAAAUUGAUGUGCAUGCAAGAACUCUUUCCAUGGAGUUUGGUGAUGAUGUUAUGCAUUUCAACAUUUUUGAGGCCAUGAGACAUCCUGCAGAGGAGCAUUUUGUUUUCCUUAUAGAUAUCAUUGAUGAUGUAGUAGAUAGUGUCAAUAUUUAUACAUAUUUAUUUUUUUAUUUUUCUGAUGAGUUUGCUGCUCUAUGUAGUAUUUGUGCAAAAAUUUCCUCUACAAUUCACUCUGAUUGUGAUGCAGGUGCAGGUUCUAAUCCUCCUAUUUCUCUUCCACCAACUGCCAAUCUUCCUUUUCCUUCCACUAUUCAGCCACCCUCCUUGGAGUUGAAACCACUACCUAAGCACCUUAAAUAUGCCUAUUUAGAUGGUGCUCAGAAGCUCCCAGUCAUUAUAUCUACCAACCUUACACUUGAGCAUGAGGAUAAGUUGUUGCAUGUUUUGAGAGGCCACAGAAAGGCCAUUGGGUGGACACUUGCUAACCUUCUUAGAAUAAAUCCUUCCAUAUGA